GACUGGCCACGGACGUGCAGACGGUUGCCCAGAGACUGAAGUUCAGGCUGAAUCUCUAUGAGCUGAAGGAAGGAAGGCAGAUCAAACCCCAGACUUUUAUGAGCAUGGUUUCCAAUCUGCUCUAUGAGAGACGGUUUGGACCUUACUACACAGAACCAGUCAUUGCUGGGCUGGACCCCAUAACACACGAACCUUUCAUCUGCUCUCUAGACCUGAUCGGCUGCCCGAUGAUCACCGAUGACUUUGUGGUCAGCGGCACCUGCUCUGACCAGAUGUACGGCAUGUGCGAGUCCCUCUGGGAGCCCGACAUGGAACCCGAUCACCUCUUCGAAACAAUCUCGCAGGCCAUGCUGAACGCAGUGGACAGAGAUGCCAUAUCUGGAAUGGGCGUGGUAGUACACAUAAUUGAAAAAGACAAGAUCACCACCAGGACCCUGAAAGCUCGCAUGGACUAACCCAGCGCAUCUGCUCGUGUGUUUCACAUCCCGCUCUGCUUGGAACUUUUUUAAAUAAAACUCUGUAUUGUAGU